AUGUCCGAGAAGCGACUAGUAGACUACGUGUUUUUGGCUGGUUUACCACAAGACUUUCACUUCGCUUCUAUAGAAAAAACAUCAAAAACCACCAAUGUCAAACCUACAAAAUCUCAAAAUAAUAAAAGUGUUUCCAGUACUCCACAUAUUAGUGGUCGUAAUGUUGACAGGUCAACUGAUAAUAGAAUAACAACUAAUGGCGACGAAGGAAACGUCCGAGUCGCGGAUGCUGAUACACUUUUUGAGGGUAUCGCGGAUGCUGCUACACUUUUUGAAAGUAUUCGUGCCAGUAUUAUUAAAUUUGACAGUGAACGUGACGAUUUUUUAAAGUCACUCGGACGUAAUAGUGCUCGUGAAUCGGGAGGGAAGGGUAAUGCUGGCAUUGGAAAUGAAAGCGUAUCAAAAAAUCGAACCUCAAUACUUCCUACCACUGGCAUAUUUCGCAAUGGUUCGAUACUGUCAACAAAAUUACGUAAAAAUUUGGACGAAGGCUUUUCAGAAACUGAUUCUUUUUCGUCUUCAUCAACUCUAAAAAAUAAUACACCGGUACAUGAAAAUUCACAGCACCGAAUGUCAUAUUUAAAUGUAGCACCGCAAGCUCCUACUUCGAAAGGAAAUAUUCCAGAAGCAACUGAACAUCCACUUAAGCAAAAGUAUUCUCCUCGAUUGCUUUGUCGAUAUCCUAAAGAAGAUUAUUCGAAAGAGGAGCAUUUUCCAGCAUAUAUACCCAUGUUUUGCUUUCCUAAUGAUAUAAUUAUUCGUGAAAGUGAAAGUGUCCCUCCAACUACGUUUCACGGAUUUGUGAUGACACAAGAAGAUGGUUCAAAACGUUAUGGCGUGUGUCUUACGACAUACGAGCCAUUGCUCGAACAUCUGGUUAAUGAAGUUGACAUACUGCACAAAGAAUGGUGCACCAAAAAUAUGGCUUCUAGUAAGAUAGAAUACGCAAAUUCUUUAGCUGAAAAGAUACGGUUUGAAAAAGAACGAGUAGAUUUAGCUCGUAAAAAAUUAGAUUCAGAAUCGCCUGUUUUGACUAUAGCUGAAAGAGAAGAAGUUGAGCAGGAAAAAGCAGAAGCAGAAGAAAAGAUAGCUUUAUACAUAGAGCUUUUACAACCGAUAAAAUCGGGAGUCGUUGACUUAACUAAAUUGUGGAUGCCAAAAUGUAUUGGAGUGAUUAGCCAUCUUCCAUGGCAUGAUGUAUUAAAAGAUUGGCUAUGUGCAGUAACAAUGCCCAUGAUAGAUGGCUUAAAAUCAAAAAAAUUGGAAGAUUUACCUUUGGAAAGAUAUAUUGUAAACUUAGUCCAUGAAGUUCCCGUUCCUCCACCCGGCAAAUCGCAAGUUGCGAUUACAGUUAACGAUAUGACAUUCUUUUGUGGACGACCUGCUUUAAAUCAAAUUCCUAUAAUGAACGAUGUUGCUCUGGCCGAAGGAAAAAUUUUACUAAUUUCAUCGUAUCCCGAUAUGCUAUUUUUGGUAGCGCAUUCGAUAACUUAUCUCAUGUAUCCUUUAAGUUGGCAAGGAGUUUUCAUUCCAAUCUUACCUGCACGUCUUAUGGCUUGUCUUCAGGCACCUGUUCCCUAUAUAAUGGGAAUUCAGCGGCAGUACAAAGGAAUGGACCUGCUUCCCGAAGAUGCGUGUAUAGUCGAUUUGGACAAAGAUACACUGAUGAUGGCACAACCGCCUCCACAAAUACCACCCCGUCAAAGAAAGAAAUUGCUUCAAGCAUUAGAAGCAUAUGCACCCUUACACUCACAUUACGCUACUCCAUACGGUGUGCCUUUGUACGUGCAACAAGCUUAUCCUAAUGGAAGAUUCACGCCUCUCUGUUCAAAAUCAAAAAUUUUCGAAAAGAAUAGUCGAAUCACUUCUGUUAUAGGUGCGCCGGCUCGAGCUGUUCCGCUUGCUCCUUCAAUGACAGGAUUUUACGAUAUGGGUGAAACCGGAUCACCGAAAUUUGCCUCAGCAGAUUCAUUUCCACGGAUUAAUUCAUUGACUGGAGCUGCUGGAUAUCCUAUGCAACGAAGAAUGUCAUCUUUUUCUGGGGCUGCUAGUGUGUAUGAAGGUCGUGAGGGUAGUCUUAAAAGUGAAAAGGGAGGAAAAGUGAUGAGUAUUUCUGAAUCUUUAAAAAAGAAUAAGAAUCGUUCGAGCACGCUUACUGCAUUAAAUCGAAGUAGUUUAUUAGUCAUGAAUCGGAAUGGUCCAGGACAUGCACACAAAUUAUCUAGUGAUGUAAUCAGCUUACCGCAAACAACCAACUCGUCACAAUACGAUAGUGAGUCACUCUUUUCAGCUGAUGGCUGGAGUGUAAUGGUUGAUCCUUCAGAACGAAUUCCUACCGAAAAAGAAUUUAUAUCAAGAGAAGGACAUCUAAUGGUUGAAAUACCAACAGAAGGCAAUCCUAAUGGUCAACCAGGAAUGAGCACAUGGAUGUUGGAAGGUCUUGCAUGUGGAAUAUGUCAAAAAAGUUUGGGUCUGAAUGUUGUGUUCAAAUGCGAAGGGUGCUCUAUGGUUGCUCAUGAUGAUUGUCUUUCCGAUAUAACGCACCCGUGCAUUCCAGCCUGCUUCAAUGAAGCCAAAGUGCAAGAUUCAUUUAUACGUGUUUUCGCUUCAUUAUUGCGAAAUUAUCGGGCAUACAUGCCAAAUGGAAAUAUUCGCAAUAACGGGAAUGGCAAGAGUGUUAUUAGUGAAACAAGCAAAGACCUUUGUGAAGACGAAUUCUUUCAAAAAGAAAUAUUCUUGAAAAAUGUUGACCGAGAAGCAAAGCCAUUCCUCUCUUGCCUAAUGGAUUCACAAGCAUUUUCUCAGUUUAUACAUGAGCGCCUAGCGCGCCCAGCAGAUGACCCAGAAAUAUUAUUUUUUGAUGAAAGUAUAACUGCAAAAUUAAACCGAUCAAAACUUAAACUCUCCAAAGAAGCUACUCGAUUUUUGGAUGACGCUUCAUAUGCAAUAUCAGAAACAGUACGAGCAAUGGAGCCUGAUGAAGAAGGACUUGAUAUAUUUGCUAUCGAUUCUCGGCGGAGUAACCUUCCAUCAACUUUUGACACGCGGUUAAUGUACGAACCGCGUCCUAAACAAAAUUCUCGUGGCAUUACGGCAUUAACGAUAUAA